GGGAAGCGCGCGAAUAUUUUGUGGCGCAUGGGUGGAGAAAACUUUGGGAAAGGAUCUGGCGCUUUCGCGUAGUAUCAGAGGUUUAUCUUCGACGUGUAUAGUAUAUCGAUAGUGCGUAGAGGAACACACCAUGUUUGCAGCUCGUUCUACUCCCGCUUCGGCUCGUAGGCCAACGGCGGUGCCAGUAGCUGCUAGAAAGAUGAAUGUGACAGCGACGCCUGCAGCACUGCUUCUCUCCCCCGCUCGGAGAUCUUCGUUAACCGCCAGAGCUGCAACUCCGACCAGAGUGCAGAGCCAGACGCCUGCGGAGUCGGUCAAUUUUGACGUGCAGACUUUUGGCUCCUCUUUGCCCGUUAAGGUCAUGGAGGCUUUGACAAUGGCAGACGUGACCAGUGACCAGAUUUCAGUCAAGGUAGAGGAAAGUGGCUGGGCUUGGAUGGUGUGUGGCGAGAGACUAAUCAUCUGGAAGAUCAGUCAGACUGCGGUGGCCAAGCUGUCCGUCUGUAAAGAUCUUCAGUUGUCCGCGAGUCAGUUUAUGUACUCUGCAGACUUGAUCGCCAUCUCGUCUUCAAACCCGCUAGAAACAGCUCCUAUUCAGUCAGUCUCAGUCAUGGCAGUUUCUCCUGAAGGAACAGUACGGUAUUGGCCCAGCCUGGCACAUGAAACCAUGUAUGCGGAGUGUGUAGCAGACCUGGGUGGCAAUUUCUGCAACUUUCUUAAACCUGUGAAGGGAAACAGUUUUGUCCUUUCAUCCUGCAAAAGUCAGCUACUGCGUUUGGGAGUGGACAGUUCAGGGAAACUCCAGCAGAGACCACUGCAGCAAGGACAGGGGGUCCUGUCUGGAAUUGGUCGACGUGUCUCCACCCUCUUCGGCAUUUUGGCCCCUCCUGUUGACUCUGUUCUGUAUAGUCUGCUGUGGGAUCAGGAGAAUGGCUGCCUCUAUUCUCUGACAAGCUGUACCCUCAGCAAGUGGGAAGUGGAUGAGACCUCUGAGCAUCAGAUUCUGAAUUGGGACCUCAACCGAAACCUCAGGGAGAACAUCAUAGAUGCAAUCUGGGGCUCUGAAAGUAACUACGAAGAAAUCAAGGAGGGUGUGAAUGUGAUGUAUCUUGACUUGAAGCUUAGCCAGGAAGGGCUCGUUUUGCUGGCAGUGGCCUGGCAUCCAUCUGACAGCCCCUGCCUGGCCUAUUACUGCCUGAUCACCUUGCAAGAGAAUGACUCGCGUGUGGCAGAUAUGUUCUCUGUAGAAGUCACCAAAUACAACCCGGUCUUUCAGAGUGAAGAGGAUCUUCAGAUGGUUAGAGUGUUGUUACCUCACUCCUCGAGCCCAGUAGCAUAUCUUUACAGAGAAGACCUGGUGUACGUCUGCUCCACGGGCACCGGAAGGGCUAGACUGCCUGAGGAGAAAAUCUCCUUCAGUUCUCCAGGAGAUCGUCUCCUGGGUGCAGGAUGCUGUGCAGAUUUGCCAGUGUUUUUCUCUCAGAACAGUGGCCUUAUAGCUGUAGUGGCCCAGGAGAAAAUCUCUGUCCUGCCAGAGACCAUGGAAGAUUCGCUGUCGUCCUCGCUGUCAGCAGUCAUUCCAGAGGGAGCUGCUCUGGAAGCUUCAAGGACAGAGACUGUUGCACAAGAAGACAAAACUAAGCUUCUAAAAGCUGCGUUCUUGCUGUUUUGUCGGAAAGAUCUUCUUGGGGCCCAAGUGAUGACUGAUGAACUUUUCCCCUCUGGUGGUGAUGGGGAGACUGAUGCUGACAUGGAUGAAGUGGUAAUGCGCAUUAACCUUGAUCUGGUGGAUGAUUACCCUGCCUCAGACCCCCGGUGGGCUGAGUCUGUGCCUGACGAGAAUGCUGGAUUCACACUUACAUCCCUUAUCCUUCUCCAUCAGUUAGAGGACAAGAUGAAAGCACAUAGCUUUUUCAUGAACUUUCUCCAGCAGGUCGGCCUCCUGGAACGUUUGAAUGCCGUGACUGUACGCUCGGCGCCCAUGGCCACGCGGCUAGCCCUAUGUGAGCAUGCUGAGAAACUGUCUGCAGCCAUUGUGCUAAAGAAUUACCACACAAAACUGCCUGCACUAGUCAACAGAGCCAUUAGUAGUGCCCUGAGGAAACGUGGGGCAGACGUGCCUGCUAGUCUCACUCCAGCAGAUGUUUUCUUCAGAGAGGUAUCCCAGGUUUCCUCAAUCUUUGAGAGCCUGCUGGAGGAGGAGGAAAGGUUGCUGAAGGAGUUCCCUGUAGACUCUGUGGAAUGGGCUGAGGCUGUGGUCAAUGUCAACAACAUUGUAAAGGACAUGCUACAAGCUGCAAGCCAUUACAGAGAAACCAAGGCUGAUUUAUACCGAGCUCCUGUAAAUGGCAAAACUGAGCCUGAAUACAUUCCCUGGACAGCAUCCAGUGGCCCUGGUGGAAUACGGACAAUUACCCUCCAGCAACAUGAGAUAAUCCUGAAGACUGUGUACCCACAUGCAGACACGGAGCUCCGCAACACCUUGAAUGAGCAGCUCAUGAUGCUGCUUGACUCUUUCCUGGGAGCUUACGUAGCACAGCUGAUGUCCUUGAAUCGGCCCAGUCAGCAAGAGCGUUACAACAGUCUGGAGAUGGAAUACACUCAGAAACGCUCAGAAGUUCUCGCACCACUCUUGGAACUUGGCCAGUACCAGUGGGUGGCAGUUCUGGCUGAGAAGUACUGUGACUUUGACAUGUUGGUGCAGUUGUGUGAGAAAACUGACAACCAGACCCGGUUACAGCGCUACAUGACCAAGUUUGCAGAUCAGAACUUUGCAGAUUUCCUGUUCCGCUGGUACAUGGAGAAGGGCAAAAGGGGAAAGUUACUUUCUCAGCCCAUCGCACAGCACCAGCAGCUUUCCAGCUUCCUGCAGGCCCAUGAGCACCUCAGCUGGUUACAUGAAGUCAAUGUUCAGGACUUUGAGAAGGCCCACCGGACCUUGUAUGGGUUAGCCAACAUGGAGACGAGGUACUUUGCUAAAAAGAAGACCCUGCUGGCGCUGAGCAAGCUUACAGCCUUGGCAGCUGACUUUUCAGAGAUUGUGCUGCAGAGGAAACUGGACGAUAUUUUGGAACAGGAGCGCUUCCUCCUUCACCAGGAAACUCUGCCCAAGCAACUGUUGGAGGAAGAGAAUCUAAAUCUAGACACGAUGCCCCUGCUAAACGCUAUCAAUCUCAUCAAACUGUAUAUUUCCGAUGACAACAGGAUGGCCAAUGAGUAUGAUUUCAAGAAAGCUCUUGAUCUUCUGGAGUACAUUGACAAGGAGGAUGCAGUGGACAUUCAAGCCCUGAAGUGUGAGAUCUUCUGCAAGGCUCUAAAAAAAGACGACUGGUCCUCUACAGAUGGUUCAGAUGAUCCUCUCGAAGCAGCAAAAGACAGCAUUUUUGUUAAGAUCUUGCAGAAACUCAUUCAAGAAGGUGUUUGUCUUGAGAGUUUUUUGCCAGAUGUCAAGGAUCUGCUUCAGUCUGAAGAGUUGGAGAGACUGACAUCUAAACCAUAUUUUGAGUUUCUUCUGCGUGCAAACUAUGAACAUUACCUUCAAGUCCAAAUGUAAUAUAGA